AUGUAUGUAACUUGGUGCUUGACAUCUAAAAAAUAGUUUCCCCCCCUGUGGCUAAUACAGCUCGUGACAUCAUUGUUUACAGACUGUGGUAGAGGAAGUGGAGUAAGCCAAGUCAAGAUUGCGAAGAGACCGUGUAAUGUAAAUAUCAUGCCCGUUGUCAGCCAGCGAAGCUCGUUAAUGUUGUACAAGUCGGUCAGUAUCUUUUCGUAAAAAUCUCAGUUUGCUUUUGAUUGGACCAACACCUGUCUAAAUUUCACGACGUUUUUGCCAAUUUACGCUGUCAACUGGCUUUGAUGGUCUGGUACAAUUUAAGAGUAUGGUUACUCGCAUUCUGGGACGACGUUAAGAUGACAACCAUGCCGCGUUAAUAUCCUAAAAACCUACGAGUCAUUCAUGUCACAAGACAAGGGGCAAGCUUGACUAGCGCCAUCCCGCUCUUCACUUGUUUUCGCUGUAGCUUUUCUGUCAGUCUUCAAUUGGUAUAUUCCCUUGUAUCGUCAGGAAAAGCACAACUUUUAUAACUAGUUAGAUAAGUUUUGCAUCCCCCCAAAGAUAACUUUUCUCUAGUUUGCAGCUGUAGCUUGCCAGAAGUUAUCAAACCAAACCUAUUUGACAGGGAGCUGCAGGUAUCUUACUCUAUAACGUUAAUGGACAGCGGCAGUGCUGAAAAUGAUCUAUAAGAUAUUUGUUGUUAAAGUUUAAAUGUGUGUAUAUAUAUUUUGUGUAAAGAUCAUUGUUUAUUUUUUUGUUGGAGGAAAGCUUGUAGUUUUACACUUGCACUAAAUUUACCAGAAGCCCAUGUGCAAUGUCGAAAAGAUAGCCUAUUUGUUAUGACAUCCCACACUUGAACUGAAAGAAAAUGUGCAAGUAGAUAUUUAAGGCUAUAUGAAAUCCACUCUCUCUUAGUCUGUAUGACAUAAAACAGACAGAGUGGCUGUGGAUUCUGCUGUAGCCAUCCAUCAACCCCGUCUUGCAAACUAAGGACACUGUUACUCAGGAAUGCCAGGGAACUGAUCAUCAAGAUUUCCUUCAGGGUUCACCUAUAAGGUCACUGCCAACUUUUAAAUCUGUGAAUAUACUUAAUGUAAAGGGCUGAGUUUGUUUUUCUAUUCGUAUACAACCUAAGCCUGAAGUAGUCUUUACCGACGACUUGGCCUUAUUUUCAGUUGAUUAAGUGCUACAUUGAACAUUGCCCAGCUAUGGCGGAUUCUGGCACAGAGAUAGUUGGAGGAGAUCUCCUGAGCGUUGUCAAAGAUGACUGCUCUCUGACAGAGGCCAUUUCUAAAGAGGGCGGCCUUACAGCAGGAUCGUCUGCGGCUAAAGAAAUCCAUGAAGACUCCACCAAAGACCCAUCAGUUAAGACUCCAAUUAUGGAAGCAGAAAGUUUUGACGGAUACAGGGAAACCUCACUCACACCAACCACCACGUGUGCGGCCAUGUCUGAAAACGGCACGACAGAAGACGCUCGAUCCACCCUGCAGAGCCAAACUCUGACAGAAGGGAACGGGGAGAGCUCAGAGGCCACAUUUGGAAGGUCGGACGAGUAUAGCCAGUCAGCAACCACCGACUCCGCCUCCUUCUCCAUCCCCAGCCUAGAGUUCUUUGAGGGCAACAACGGGAACGACGAGCCAUUGUCCUCCUUCUCUGCCCUGGGCGUCGAGGGCAGCUCCCUGUCUGCCGAUGUCCCCUGCCUGGCCGACGAUGUCCUGGCUGGCGUCGCUGCUGCCACAGCCACAGGAGGGGCCACCGCCGCGGACCUAGAGCCCAUGAUGCCGGCCUACUACUUUGUGAAGUGGAUCACCUGGAAAGAGAAGAAGACCCCCAUCAUCACACAGAGUGAGAACGGGCCCUGUCCCCUGCUCGCCAUCAUGAACACCCUGUUUCUGCGCUGGAAGGCCAAGCUACCCGCCCAGACAGAAGUUAUCACCACAGAGGACCUGAUGGCUCACCUUGGAGAGUGUGUAUUGUCCAUCAAACCCAGGGAGAAGGCUGAGGGAAUGGAGCUCAACUUUCAGCAGAACAUGAGCGAUGCCAUGGCAGUCCUGCCAAAGCUGUCCACGGGCCUUGAUGUCAAUGUGCGCUUCACGGGCGUGUCAGACUUUGAGUACACUCCAGAGUGUAUCGCCUUUGACCUGCUGGACAUCCCACUCUACCAUGGCUGGCUGGUGGACCCUCAGAGCCCUGAGAUGGUGGCAGCGGUGGGAAAGCUAAGCUACAACCAGCUGGUAGAGAAGAUCAUUGACUACAAGCAUUCGGCCAACAGCAGCCGUAUCAGUGAAGGUUUGGUGGCAGAGCAGUUUCUGGAGUCCACAGCGACCCAGCUGUCGUAUCAUGGACUUUGUGAACUCAACACAACAGUCAAGGAGGGCGAGCUGUCUGUGUUCUUCAGAAACAACCACUUUAGCACUAUGAUAAAGCACAAGGGCCACCUGUACCUGCUGGUGACAGACCAGGGCUUCCUGCAGGAGGGGGGGCUGGUGUGGGAGAGCCUGCACAAUGUGGAGGGUGAUGGCAACUUCUGCGACUCAGACUUUCGCCUGUGCCACCCGCCCCAGAGGAGCGUCCCCGUGACACAGCCCGAAGACCUUACGCCCCAGCAGCAGCAGAGACAGAUCGACCAGGACUACCUUGUGGCCAUGUCUCUGCAGCAGCAGCAGGGGGUGGCCCCGGGGCCCCUCAGUGACCUGGACCUGGCCAGACAGCUGCAGGAGGAGGAGUACCAGCAGCAGCAGCAGCAGCAACAACAACAAGGAGGUCCCUCCCAGGCCCCAGCACAGCAGGUGAGAGGUCAAGCGGCGGCCCAGCCGGGAGGUUCGAGGAGACGGGAGAAAAAGGAUGAUUCGGACUGUGCUAUAUUAUAGCGGCAUCUAACCUUACCCUAGUCUCCAUGAUCUCCCUAUGAUUUUAGCCUGCCCUUCUUUGCAUUAAGCCAACCCCUAACACACACACAUAUAUAUAUAUAUAUAUAUAUA